UGCAAAGUCACUGAAAAAUAUCUUCAACUGCGAGACAAAUACAUCUCCAUUCCACCCAAAAUCCCACUGGGGAUGUUUCAAGUGGAGCUGCCGAUGAUUGACCAGAAGCAUCCAACUUUAAAAUUCAUCGAGAAUUUCAUUAGGGAGACGGUUAACCAAAUCACGAAAAUGCUACGUGAUUCUUGCAAGAAGCUGCUGGAGGAAUAUUCAGCAAAAUACAAGUCUGCGCGCAGAGUGCCAACCACCAUCAAAGAUAUUGUGCAAUUCUCUUUGGACAUUGUUGCCUCGCAAGAAAAGGUCUUGCCCUCUCUAUCCAACAAAGUGGACCAAGUGGAAACUCUGCUUGAAUAUUUGACCAAAUACGGCUACUUCAGCGAUGCUUUGAUGGAUAACGACUUUGCCCUCGGAACGCUGGUCAUCAAAUUCAGGGCCAGUGCACAAGGGGAGAUGGAGGCAAACUUGGAUAAGCUGAUUGUUCGGAAAGCAGACGAAGAGAAAGUUUUGCAAGACAAGGUUGACAAAUUUGGGGAGAGGCUGAAGGAACAUAUUGCUACCUGUGAACAUUUCACGAAAGAACCUGUUCCUGAAGUCAACAUUGAGAACCUGCUAGAGAGAUACGGCAAAGCUGCUGAAAUCUGGAACCAAAUUCAAGAUCUGUCAUCUGAGCUUGAAGCUUUGAACAAAGAUGAAGUGCUGUUGGAAUUAGACUCUACAAAAUUCCCACUCCUCCGUUCUGGCACCGAAAUGUUUGAGCCUCACUAUUUGCUGUGGUUAAACAGUAAGAACUUUUACGAACGACGAGAAGUCUGGUUCAAUGGUCCACUUGCAGAACUUGAUUCUUCAAGAGUGCAAGACGAAGUUGGCAAUUUCAAGAACAAUUUGUCAAAAGUUCGCAAUGGCUUGGUUGAUUAUCCAGAAUUACAACAAAUUGCCAAAGACAUUCUCCAAAAUAUCAGCUCUUUGAAGGACCCCAUGAGGCUCUUGGACGUCAUGUGCAACAAGGCGAUGCGAUCUCGACAUUGGACCAAAAUGGCAAAAGAAAUUGGAACUGAAAGUGAUUUGGAGCAGCUGGCUACGUUGCAAGCAAGCAUCGAUUUUGGUCUUGUUCAUCAUCUCAAAACAAUGGAAGAUAUUUCUAUUGUGGCUACAAAUGAGUUUGAGGACAAACAGAAACUUGAUGCCAUGAAAGAGGAGUGGAAGGAUGUUCAAUUUGAACUCAAUUACUACAAAGACACUGGAGUGAAGAUUUUGUCAUCAGUGGACAAGAUCCAAGAAGCUCUUGAAGAGCACUGCUCUAAGUCACAGAGACUUCUCAAUUCAAUCUUUGUUGAACCCUUUUAUGAUGAGAUGGAAGAGUGGACAAACAGACUCGUGAAAAUUACAAAAAUCUUCGACGUCUGGAUUCCAGUUCAGCAGGGCUGGAUGUACUUGCAACCAAUCUUUGGCUCCCCAGACAUCCAACAGCAAAUGCCCCAAGAAGGUCAGCAGUUUUCGCGAGUCAAUCGGAUCUUCGUCAAGGUCAUGCAGUACACCAUGGCGCACGACCUUGUGCUGGAUGCUACGGAGAAGGCGAACCUGUUGGACGAUUUGAAGGAGUGCAUGGCCUUGCUUUCAGUCAUCAAGCAGAAGGUCAAUGACUAUUUGGAGAAAAAAAGAGCUGCUUUCCCAAGGUUUUUCUUCCUCUCGAACGACGAGCUGCUGGAGAUUUUGGCUGAAACCAAAGAGCCACUCAGGGUGCAGCCCCAUCUUAAGAAAUUCUUUGAAGGCAUCAACAGACUCCAGUUUGACGAGAAUAAAGAUAUUGUCGGAAUGGAGUCGGCAGAGAAGGAGAAGGUCAGCUUUGACAACAUCAUCAAGCCUGCCGACGCCAAAGGCCUUGUAGAGAAGUGGCUUUGUGAGACGGAAAGCGAAAUGUUUGCCUCCAUCAAGAGAGAGGUGAUUCUGUCCAUCGACGACUACUGGAACACACCAAGACGAGAAUGGGUGCAGAAGUGGAUUGGCCAAGCAGUCAUUUGUGGUGCCACAGUUGCGUGGACCAAGGAGGUUGAAGCGGCCAUCUCUGCAGACCAAUCUGGAAACUGUACCCAGCUGAAGGCCUACCACAAGCAGUGUGAAGAUCAAAUCACGGAGCUCGUUGAGCUUGUCCGCACUGAUCUUCCGGCUGGCUUGCGAAUCACCCUGGAAGCUUUGAUUGUAAUUGACGUGCACGCCAAAGACGUUGUCAAUCUGCUCAUUGAAGAAGGUGUCUCCAGUGUCGACAGCUUUGUGUGGCUCAGUCAACUGCGCUACUACAAAGUGAAUGAUGAUAUCCGAGUGAGGAUGGUGCAGACUGAUGUGCCUUACGGCUGCGAGUACCUGGGCAACACUCCUCGCCUGGUCAUCACUCCUCUCACUGACAGAUGCUAUCGCACUCUCAUGUGCGCCAUGGACCUGUACCUUGGGGGUGCACCUGAAGGUCCUGCUGGAACCGGUAAAACGGAGACUUCGAAGGAUUUGGCAAAGGCUUUGGCCAAGCAUUGCGUGGUCUUCAACUGCUCCGACCAGCUAGAUCACGUUGCCAUGGGAAAAUUUUUCAAGGGAAUUUCACAAUGUGGAUCGUGGGCUUGCUUUGACGAGUUCAAUCGCAUUGAGUUGGAAGUGCUUUCCGUGGUUGCAGCCCAAAUUCAAAUGAUCCAAGAGGCCAAGAUGAAGCAGCUAACUAUGUUUGAUUUUGAGGGCAGCAAAAUUAAACUGAAUCCCUCUUGCCAGGCUAUCAUCACCAUGAACCCUGGCUAUGCUGGUCGCCAAGAACUCCCUGACAACUUGAAGCGUCUUUUUCGACCUGUUGCAAUGAUGGUUCCUGAUUACGCUUUGAUUGGUGAACUUUCACUUUACUCAAGAGGAUUCAAGAAUGCCAGACCGCUUGCUGUAAAAAUUGUCCAGACUUACAAACUUUGCUCCGAGCAGCUUUCCUCACAGCCCCACUACGAUUAUGGUAUGAGAGCUGUCAAGUCAGUCCUAACUGCUGCUGGCAACUUGAAGCUCGCCGACACAUCCGGUUCGCAGAGCUUGGAAGACGAAUCCAAACUUGUCCUCCGAGCCAUCAUUGAUGUGAACAGGCCAAAGUUUUUGGCCGAGGAUGUGCCACUUUUUGAGGGUAUCACUGCUGAUCUGUUCCCGGGUGUCGAUCUGCCUCCACCAGACAGGGGAGAGCUAAUCGAGGCACUUUUGGUGGAGCUGAAGGAGCGGAACCUCCAAGCUACCGACUGGUAUAUGGAAAAGCUGAUUCAGCUAUUUGAGAUGAUCCUUGUUAGGCAUGGCCUUAUGCUGGUCGGACCACCAUUUGGAGGAAAGAGCAGUGCCAUUAAAAGCCUCUGCGCUGCCCUGAUUAGGAUUUCUAAAAAUCCUGACAAAAAGAUGGACGAGAGUGGUGUCAUUUACCGCACUAUCAGCACCAAGUCAAUCACCAGUGACCAAUUGUAUGGAUUUGUUGACCCAGUCUCUCAAGAGUGGCAUGAUGGUGUUUUGGCAAACACUUUCCGUGACUACGCAAGAUCAGAGGAGCCUGAGAGGAAGUGGAUCAUCCUUGAUGGACCCGUGGAUGCUGUUUGGGUUGAGAAUUUGAACACAGUCCUGGACGACAAUAAGAAACUUUGCCUCUCGUCUGGUGAAGUUGUUCAGAUGUCCAACACAAUGAACCUUAUUUUUGAAACCGGUGAUCUUGAUCAAGCUUCUCCUGCUACUGUGUCUCGCUGUGGCAUGGUCUUUAUGGACCCAAUGCAACUUGGAGUGAAAUCUCUGAUCAAAUCAUUCAUUGAAAAGCCACUCAAGGAGUUGCUGCCCAAGCAGGAACAGCAGUUGCAGUUAAUGCAUGAAGUUCUGCUGUGGAUUGUCCCUCCAACAUUGGCAGCAACAAAGGGGCUGCCGAAGUUUGUAGAGAUGUCUGAAAUGUACCAGUUCAAUGCAUUUGAGAGGCUUUUCCUUGGGAUGCUGAAGCAAAAACCCGACUUUUCCAUAUCUUGGAUGCAUGGCCUGAUGAUUUUCUGUCUUAUUUGGGGUGCUGGGUCAACCUUAACUGCUGAAGGAAGGGAGCUCUUUGACGCCUCUUUCAGGGCAAUUCUCAAGGACAGCAGUAAGAAGCCAGAAGGAUUUGAGCUAUCAGACCACCAGAUGAUUCCCAGCAAAGGCACUCUUCACGAUUGGGCUUACACUGAUAGUGGCGGCUGGGUUCAGUGGGAAGAAACACUGGAAGGAGGAGACAGCGGUGGCAACAAGGCUUUGGUCAUGACGCCAGAAACCACUUGCAUGCUUUUUUUCCUCAAAACUUGCCUGGACUGUCAAUUCCCCAUUCUCUUUGUGGGACCAACCGGAACUGGAAAAUCAGCCGUCACUCUGGACCACUUGCUGUCAUUGCCAUCGGAGGAGUGCACCAGCAAUGUUGUCAACUUUUCUGCACGCACCUCGGCUGCUCUUACUCUUGACCUCAUCAUGGACAAACUGACAAAGCAUCCAAAGAGAGUAUUUGGCCCAGAACACGGCAAAAGAUGUGUUGUAUUUGUGGACGACCUGAACAUGCCCCAGAAAGAGUACUACGGUGCGCAGCCACCCAUUGAGCUUCUCCGUCAGUGGCUUGAUCACGGUUACUGGUUCGACUUUGACACCACCAACAUGUACAUCAAAGAUGUGCGGCUUGUGUCGGCCAUGGCUGUGCCCGGAAACAAUGAUAUUACGGAUCGUUUGCUGCGGCAGUUCAUCAUCAUCGGAGUUGGCAAGUAUGCAGAUGCUACAGUGGAAAAGAUCUUUGCCAACAUGAUUGUGGGCCAUUUUCCUUCGGAAGUUGUCUCUUUGGGUGGAGCACUUGUGGUCGCAAGCAUGGAGGUUUUUGCGCAAGCAUCGGCUAACUUCAGACCACUGCCUUCAACUUCUCACUACCUGUUCAACCUGAGAGACAUUUCCCGGCUGAUCCAAGGCUGCAUGAUGGUGCCGGCAAAAAAGCUGACUGAUCAGGAGAAACUGAUCAGAUUGUGGGCGCACGAGGCCUACCGCAUUUUCUACGACCGACUCGUCUCAGUUGAAGAAAGAGAAACAUUUUUCAACAUCAUCAAAGAAACUGUGAGCAAGUGCUUUGGCAAACAACUGAAAGCCGUUCUUGGAGAACUUGGAGACUCCACAGAAGAGCUGAGCGAUCAAAACAUGUCAAAGCUCUAUUUUGGCAAUUUCAUGAUUCCUGAUGCCUACCCAAAAGAGUAUGAUGAGAUCCCCGACGAAUCAAAACUGAAGGCUCGUUUGGAGUCUUUCCUGAGAGAGUACAAUGAAUCCGCUCGAUCGCCAAUGUCCUUCGUGAUGUCUCCCUAUGCUAUCGGCCACAUCUGCAGAGUUUCCAGAGUGUUGCAGCAAGCUAAUGGACACGUCCUACUAAUGGGAAUGGGUGGAAGUGGACGCAGAAGUGUUGCCAGAUUUGCUGCAAAUUUGGCUGGUUACGACAUUUAUGAGAUCGAAAUGACAAAAAGCUUUGGAGUGACUGAGUGGAGAGACCACCUCAGAAUUUUGCUCAAAAGAGCUGGAGCAGAAUGCCGUCAAAUCGUCUUCCUUUUCUCGGACACACAAGUUGCCGACGAAUCUUUCUUAGAAGACAUCAACUUGCUACUCAACACUGGCGACAUUCCCAACCUGUACAACUCUGAAGAUAAGGGUGUGAUCCUUGACGAGGUUCGGAAAAUUGCCGAGAAGCAAGGCAGAAAGCUCGGCCAAGGAGUUCUUGCUCAAUAUUCCUUUUUUAUCGAGCUCGUAAAGCAAAACUUGCAUGUUGUGUUGGCCAUGUCCCCCAUCAGCAAGGAGUUCAGGGAGAGACUUCGCAUGUUCCCCUCCCUCAUCAAUUGCUGCACUUUGGACUGGCUCACUAACUGGCCUGAGGACAUGCUGCAGGACGUGGCCAACGAUCGAUUGCAGGAAAUUGACUUGUCCGGAGGUCUAGGCGAUAAAGAGCUGUCCGACCAAAUCAAGAACCGCUGCAUCGAGAUGUGCAUGUCCUUCCACACAGACGUGCUGGAACUUAGCCAGGUGUACUUCAACAACACCAAAAGGAGGGUGUACAUCACAUCACCCUCUUUCCUGGAGCUUUUGAACAGCUUCAAGGCCCUUUAUGCAACAUGCCGAGACAAAAUCGAGGCUCAAGUAGGUGGAUAUCACGGUGGUUUGGAAAAACUCGCUUCUGCCUCACAACAGGUCGCUGAGCUCCAAGAGGUGCAAAAAGUGCUGGAGGUUCAGCUGAAGACCAAAGUUGCGGAAGUCUCAGCCCUCAUUGAAACCUUGGAGGUUGAGAAAACCAAUACAAACACCAUUAAGCAAACCGUCCAAGGGGAAGAAGAGCUUGCUAAAAUCUCUGCUGCCGAAGUGGCCAAACUUGAGGCAGAGUGCCACACUGAGUUGGAAAAGGCUCAGCCAGCCCUUGAGGAAGCAGCCGCAGCCCUGGACACUAUCAAACCUGCUGAUAUCACAGUAGUCAAAGCAAUGAAGAAUCCACCUCAUGCUGUAAAAACAGUCAUGGAGGCUGUUUGCAUUAUGUUGAAGAUCAAAGCAGAGAGGAAGCCUGGACCGGACGGGAAAAUGAUGCAAGAAUUCUGGGGACCAUCUCAGAAACUGCUUGGUGACAUGAAAUUCAUUGACUCACUGAAAAACUACGAUAAAGACAACAUCCCUGAUGACGUAAUGAAGACAAUCAGGACAAAAUAUCUCACCAACCCCAACUUUCAAGUCGAAGUGGUUCGAAAGUCUUCUGCUGCGUGUGAGGGUCUUUGCCUUUGGGUGAAUGCCCUUUCCAAGUACAAUGAGGUGUACAAAGUGGUGGGCCCUCUCAAAAAGAAAUUCGAAGAAGUUCAAGCUGACGCAAAUGAGAAGAGAAGAUUGCUUGAGGAGAAGCAGGAGACAGUUCGCAAGCUGGAGGAAAAGUUGCAAGUCCUUGAAAACCAGUACCAAGAGCAAGCAGAUAUUCAAGCCAAGCUGGAGGCCGACAAAGAACUCUGUGCUAUCAAACUGAAGAGGGCGGAAGAACUUAUUUCUGGUGUCGGAGGGGAAAGAGUCCGAUGGGCUGAAUUGGAAACUUUCCACCGAGGACGCUUAGCCACUGUUGUUGGAGACAUGCUCCUGUCAGUGGGAAUCAUUGCUUACUUGGGCCCAUUUUCUGUUGACUACAGAAAGGAUAUUCAAAAGAAAUGGAUCAAGAAGUGCAAAGAGAUCAACAUUCCCUGCUCAGACAGUUACUCCAUGCUCAGUUCACUGGGCGAUCCUGUGCAAAUUCAAGACUGGGCCAUUGCUGGCCUGCCCGUGGAUGACUUCUCCCAAGAUAAUGCCAUCAUUUCCCACAAUGCUGGCAGAUGGCCUCUCUUCAUCGAUCCCCAGGGUCAGGCCAAUAACUGGAUCAAAAAUGCAUACAAAGAUUACAACCUGGUAGUCCUGAAAAUGUCAAGUCCAAAAUAUACUGAUGAGCUGCAAAGAGCAAUCACCAGUGGAUAUCCAGCUCUUAUUGAAGAUGUCGGUGAAGAACUUGACCCAGCUUUGAAUCCUCUGUUCCUCAAGCAAACUUAUGUUCUUGGUGGAAUGCUGAACAUCAAAGUGGGAAACGACGUUGUUCGCUACAAUGAAAACUUCAAGCUUUUCCUGACCACUCGCCUGUCAAACCCUCACUACCUGCCCGAAACUGCCAUCAUGGUGACGCUCCUUAACUUUGCCAUCACGCCGCAGGGUCUUGAGGAUCAGUUGCUUGGCCUUGUGGUGGCUACAGAAAGGCCGGAUCUGGAAGAGUGUCGGCAGCUUCUGAUUGUGGAAGGCGCUCAAAAUAGGAAGGAACUCGUCGAGACCGAGAGGAGGAUCUUGGACGUUCUUUCCAAGGCGGAAGGUGACAUUCUUGAGGAUGAGACGGCAAUCAACACUCUUACCAAUGCGAAGAAAUUGUCAGAAACAAUUAAAGCAAAACAAGAGAAAGCCAAAGAGACGGAGAAACUGCUCGAAGACACAAGGGCCAUUUACUUGACUGUAGCUCGUCACGCUUCUGAACUCUUCUUCUGUAUUUCUGCUCUUGGAAGCUUGGAACCAAUGUAUCAGUACUCUCUGAAUUGGUACAUGAGCCUUUAUGUUCAUUCAAUCAAAACAGCAGAAAAGCCAGAGGACCCAUCAAUGUGGCUUGAUGUCAUUAAAGAGACUUUCACCUACAACCUCUACAGAAACGUCUGCCAAUCUCUAUUUGAGAAGCACAAACUCAUUUUCUCCUUCAACUUGUGUGUGGCCAUGAUGCGACUCAGUGGUGUUAUUGAGGAAGAAGCACUAAAAUUCCUUCUCACCACUGGAGCAACUGGCGACAUUAGUGAAAAUCCGGACCCUUCGUGGCUCACUGAGAAGAUGUGGGGAGACAUUUGCAGGGCUACAAAAAUGAUUGCUCAACUCUCGGAAUUCGAAAGCAGCGUAAGACUAAGUGUGAAGCAGUGGGAGGAUUGGUUCAAUGACCCGAGUCCCCAUGAAAAGACGCUUCCUGCACCGAUGGACAAAGUUUGCAGGCUGGGAUGGCUGGCAGUCAUCAAGUGCCUUAAGCCUAACAAGCUUGUCCCUGCUGUCCAGAAGCUGAUUGCCAACGAGAUUGGUUCAAAAUAUGUCGACCCACCAACCUUCAACCUGAGCAAAGUCUUCGAAGACUCCACUUGCUCAACUCCUCUCAUCUUCAUCCUUUCUGCGGGCUCCGAUCCCACGUCCUCACUUUACCAACUGGCCUUUGAAAUGGACGCCAAGAAGCUGAUUUUCUUCUCUAUGGGCAAGGGUCAGGGCGAGAAGGCUGAGAUUGCUAUCAAGCAGGCCGUCAAGUCUCGCUCUUGGGUCAUCCUGAACAACUGCCACCUGGCCACAAGUUGGAUGGCUCAACUGGAGCACCUGUGCAACGAGCUUUUGAAACCGGACGUAGCUGACAAAGAUUUCAGACUGUGGCUGACCAGCUACCCAUCGUCUUCAUUCCCUGUGUCCAUCCUUCAAAGCGGCAUCAAAAUGACCAACGAGGCGCCUAAGGGACUGCGCUCGAACAUGAUGCGCAUGUACCUUAAUGAGCCGCUCAGCUCUGAAGACUACCUGUCCAAGCGGUCUGUAGCACACCAGAAGCUGCUCUUUGGCGUUUGCCUUUUCCACGCCAUGGUCCAGGAAAGACGAAGCUUCGGGCCCUUGGGCUGGAACAUCCCGUACGAGUUCAACGACUCUGACUUUGAUAUUUCAAUCAAGCAGAUGGAUAAAUUCCUCAAAAACGCAACAAAGAUCCCAUUCGACGCCUUGCACUAUUUGAUUUCUGAGUGUUUCUAUGGAGGAAGAGUCACUGAUGGCAACGACAGACGCCUGAUUGCUUCUCUCCUGACCAAUUUCCUGUCAUCUGCUGUUGUCGAAGAGGCUGGCUACAAAUUUUCCCAUAGUGGCGUUUACUCAAUGCCAGAGAACACCCUGCAAGAAGGCUGCAUUGCCAACAUUCAAGCCAUGCCUCUCACUGCUAGACCCGAGUUGUUUGGCCUCCACGAGAAUGCCGAGAUCACAAAGGAAAUGCAAGAGACCAAUGAGUUCUUGAAUGGAGCUUUGGAGACUCAACCUAGCAUUGGUGGAAUGGGCGCUGGAGGCGCUUCUCUGCAGGUUCUGCACGAGAUUGCUGAAGACAUUUUGGAGAGAAUGCCGGACGGAUUCAACUUGAAGGUAGUGGGCGAAAAGUUCCCCUUCGAUUACAACAACUCCAUGAACACUGUCCUGCGCCAAGAGCUCAUCAGGUUCAACAGACUGACCAGCAGGAUUCGUUCCUCGCUUUCAAUGAUGCAAAAGGCCAUCAAAGGUCAAGUGGUGAUGACCCCUGAGCUUGAGGAAAUUCAGGGCAGCCUCCUUCUUGGUCGAGUGCCUCAGUUCUGGCUGGCCAAGUCGUACCCAUCACUGAAGCCUCUGGCCAGUUAUGUCAACGACCUUCUCAAGAGGCUUCAGUUCUUUGACGACUGGAUCAAAUUUGGAGCGCCCAACGUCUACUGGAUCUCCGGAUUUUACUUCACCCAGUCUUUCCUGACAGGCGUCAUGCAGAACUACGCUCGAUUCUUCAAAGUGCCCAUCGAUGCUGUGGGCUUCGAGUUUGACAUCCUAGACACAGACACUGCCAGCGACGCACCAAAAAUCGGGGCCUACUGCAAUGGCCUUUUCUUGGAGGGGGCGCGUUUCAACCGAGAAACAGGGCUGCUGGACGAAAGUCUGCCCAAAGUCCUCUUCGAUCAACUGCCAAUUAUUUGGCUGAAGCCUGGAAUUAGGGCUGAGUUCCAGCCAAGGCCGAUUUACGGAUGCCCGGUGUACAAAACCAGUGCUCGGCGUGGCAUCUUGAGCACCACUGGCCACUCGACCAACUUUGUGAUGGAAGUGCAGCUGCCCAGUGAUAAACCUGAGAAUCACUGGAUCAACAGAGGAGUGGCAGCCUUGUGCCAGCUUGACGAUUAAGUUAAACAGUGUGUUCUUUUGUUGACUAAAAUAUAAAUUUUGAUUUUUGUUAAUAUAUUUUUAAUUUUAAUAUAAUAUAAACAACUUGAAUAAUGCUAGAUUAAAUAAAAAGAUGCAGUAAUUCUUAUUUUUAUAUAAUAAUAAUUUUUAGAGACUUUGAAUGGUAUUUCAAAAUUUAAAUAAACACGGUCAAUUUCAG